UCGCUGCCUCGCCCGUUCGUCGCCAGCCUUGCCCGGGCCUCCCCUAAAUAUUAUUCCUGGUCCUCCUCUCGCCUGUCUCCCCAUCCUCAUUCCCCUUCUCCAGACCUACAACCACCUUCUACUCCUCUUCUUCAUCAUGGACAAGUCCCUCAAACGUCCGUUCGAGUUCGAGUCCGACUCCACCGACCGCAUCUUCGACUUUGCCUUCUCUGAGUCGCCCUCUGCUCUCUCCACCCCUGAGCUCGACUACUCGCCUUCCUCCAAGCGCUUCCGUUCCGACUUCCCGACCUUUGACGACUCUCUCGACCCUGUCUCCUCUCCCGAAGACACCAGCGACUUGUUCAACCUCUUCACGCCCCCAUUGUCUGCCACCAACAGCCUCGAGCUGCUCGAGUUCCCCUUUGACGCCCCCGUCAUCACCUCUGACGUCGACUCCGCCGUCGCCAUGUUUGGCAAGUCGACCGACGACGAAGGCAUGACCGCUGACGACGAGGCCAAGUCUGUCCUGGCCGCGGCCCCUCUGUUCCCUCCCAUGCAGGCCGCCUCGUUCCUUCCCGCGACCAGCUAUCCUGCUGACGCCCCUGCCGCGGGCGAAUGGCACGAGCAUGCCGCCAUUCCGCAGCCUGCCGUCGCCUCCCGGCCGUCCCCGUCGGCGUCUCCCGUCCUCCCCAAGCAGCAUCGUCUGCACUCCUUCCACGGCCCCUCCCCUCUCUCUCACUCCUCCACCCCGUCUUCCUCCUCCGCUGCCGCUGCCGGCGCGUCUGCCAACGCCGACGCCCUGCUCGAGCAAUACCUCGACGUCAACAACGUCAUCGACAACACCAUCGCGCUCUCCAACGCAAAGUUCUGGAUCGACAGAUACAUGACCAUCCCCAUUUGCGGCUACCUCAACCGCGUCACCGCCGAGCGCGCGCUGCAAUACGACACCCCCAUGCCGGCUACCACCGUCGCCGGCAUCUCAAAGCCCAUCAAGCAGUCCUCCGCCAACCCCAAGAUCCCCACCAGCAACGGUGCCGCGCAAGCCCAGAUGAACAACAGCAACAGCAACUACCGACGACGGAACGUGUCUUCGCUGAAGCGCACUGCCUCCGCGCCGACUGUUUACGGGCUUAAGCGGAGGAGUUUCUUCAUGGGAAAGGGAAAGGAAAUGGUUGGCUUGGGUGUUAUGGUUGGGGACAUGCUCUUGUAGUGUGUUUUAAUCUUCUUUUUUCAUUUUUUGAGUGUUAAUUCUGCUUUAUGUUUUGUUUCUGCAAAGGUGUUGUGAUUUCGGGAUUUUUUUCUUUCAAA